ACAUCUCUUUACUGAAUGGUGCUCUGCAGUCAGUCAACAUCCCUGUGACAUCUGCCAGGAUCAACAUGUGGGCAGCAAAACUCCUACUUUUUUCUCUACUCAUCUUCUGCACAGAGAGCAAGAUAAGAAAACGUAACAACCUGCAUGAUUAUACAAAGACUUCAGACAUCACUUUAAUAAGAAUCAACAAGGAGCUUAAGAUGAAAACAAAACUGUUCAACACCACAGAGAAUUGUGCCAAAAGAUGCAGUCGGAAUAAAGGGCUAGCCUUUACUUGCAAGGCGUUUGCUUUUGAUAAAAGCAUAAAGAGAUGCCACUGGUUCUCUUUCAAUAGCUUGUCAACAGGAAUAAAGAAGAAACUAGAUCAUGCAUUUGAUCUUUUCGAAAAGAAAGAUUAUGUCCGUGAUUGUAUUAAUGGAAAAGGCAGUAAUUACAAGGGUUUAUGGAAUACAACAAAGAGCGGAUUGGCAUGCCAGUCAUGGAAUUCAAUGAUCCCUCAUGAACACAGCUUUUUGCAUUCGAGCUACCAAAGCAAAGACCUCAAUGAAAACUAUUGUCGAAAUCCUAAAGGAGAAGAAGGAGGGCCUUGGUGUUUUACUAAAAACCCAAAAGUUCGUCAUGAAGUAUGUAAUAUACCAUCAUGCUCAGCAGUGGAAUGUGUGACCUGUAAUGGUGAACACUACAGAGGACCAAUGGAUUACACAGAGUCAGGAAAAGAAUGUCAGCGAUGGGAUUUGCAAAGGCCACAUAAGCACAAGUUUCGCCCAGAGCGAUAUCCUAACAAGGGUCUGAAUGAUAAUUACUGCCGCAACCCUGAUGGCAAGGCGAGACCAUGGUGUUACACGCUUGACCCUGACACCCCAUGGGAGUUUUGUGCAAUUAAACCCUGUGCACACAGUAUCAUCGACCCCACUAAUAUUACAGCGGAUUGUGUAAAGAGUCAAGGAGAAGGCUAUCGGGGAACAGUAAGAACAACAUACAAUGGCAUUGUGUGUCAGCGGUGGAACUCCCAGUUUCCACAUCAGCAUAAUUUUACUCCAGAAAACUAUAAAUGCAAGGAUCUGAGUGAAAAUUACUGCAGAAAUCCGGAUGGUUCAGAGUACCCUUGGUGUUUCACAACAGAUCCAAAUGUUCGUAUUGGUCACUGUUCCCAAAUACCAAAAUGUGAAGUCUCUAAUCAUCAAGAGUGCUACUAUGGCAAUGGCAUCACCUACAGAGGGACUGUAUCUAGUACUCGAUUCAGGCUUCCUUGUGCCAUGUGGGAGAAAAAUAUGGUUGACGUACGAAGACAUACCUUUCGGGAGCCAGAUGUUUCCAUACUUGAAAGAAAUUACUGCAGAAAUCCAGACAACGAUGCUCAUGGACCCUGGUGUUAUACUGACAAUCCUCUAAUACCCUGGGAUUAUUGUCAGAUUUCUAGAUGUGAAGGAGACACAACUAGUAUUAUGGCAAAUAUAGACAAUCCAGGGUCAUGUGCUUCUACCAAGACACUGAGAGUUGUAAAUGGAAGUCCAGCACAAGGCAAGAAUGGAUGGAUGGUCAGUCUAAGACAUAGGAAUGGACAUAAAUGUGGAGGAUCUCUUGUAAAGGAGAAAUGGGUUCUUACAGCAAGUCAGUGUUUCCUCUCUGGAGAUGUCGACCUAAAAGAUUAUGAAGCAUGGGUUGGAAUCCACAAUAUCUAUAGCAGGACACAGAAACAUAAGCAAGUUUUCAAUAUUUCACAGCUAGUCCAUGGGCCUAAAGGAUCACAUCUUGUUCUUUUAAAACUUUCCAGAUCAGCAGAGGUUAAUGAAUAUGUUUCACAAAUCAAAUUGCCAAAUUAUGGAUGUACAAUUCCAGACAAAACAGUAUGUGCUGUAUAUGGAUGGGGACACACAGGAACAAACAAUUAUGACGGCCAGCUUCAUCAUGGAAAAAUGGUUAUUGUAGGAAAUGAAAAAUGUAACGAAUAUCACAAGGGGAGGAUUACAGUCAAUGAAUCUGAAAUUUGUGCUAUUAAUGAAACUGCCAACAUUGCACCCUGCGAGCGUGAUUAUGGUGGUCCCCUUGUCUGUGCGGAAAACAAGACAGAUAUGGUACAAGGCGUAAUUAUACCAGGACGUGGUUGUGCUUCCCAAAACAGACCAGUCAUCUUUGUCAGAGUGGCUUACUAUGCAAAAUGGAUACACAAGAUUAUCUUAACUUACAAAUCUCCAUAGAUUAUGAUGCAAAUAAUUGUGAUUCUCUAAGCUUUACUUGAUAAUCAAGUUGUGCUUGUUGUUCUUUACCAUUAAUUUAUUGUCAUGUUCUCUUAAUGCUGAGAUGUUUGAUUGACGUGGUGACAAAUUUCCUGAGUAUACUUGAACAACCUUUUAUAUGUACAGUAGGAAGUAAAAUAGUUACACAGACUUUCAUGCUGCUCUGAUGGAUAGUUUUACUGAAUGGCCUAAUAUGUAACACUAGGUGACAUUCCUUUAAUUAUUUUUACUCCAGUAGCAGACACAUUAUAUCCGCUACAGUAGUAGAUUGUUCUAUGCAACUCAAAAUGAUACUCCAGGCGGUCUACUCACCCUCAAAAUUACACUUACCUACAUGGCACAAUUCUGAAAACCCCAUCAUCUACUUGGAGACUUUUGCUGCAGCCUGUUGGCAACCUUCGUUACUGAGUGGCAGUUAUAAUAGAUGGAAUUGACCUGAGAAAUAUGCACAGCUCACAACUAUCUCUAGUAAUUAUAUUUUAGGACUAAAGUUCAAUAAGAAAGAGUUAACAAUGACAUUGGGUUAUAUUCUUGAAAUAACCCACUCUUUCUCUCUCUCUCUCUUUAUAUAUAUAUAUAUAUAUAUCUAUAUAUAUAUAUAUAUAUACAUAUAUAUAUAUAAUUUUUAUUGAUCAAUAUCAGAUCUGCGUGGGUCUGACACCUGGCACCUCCACUGGUGAGCUGGUUGAAGGAAAGACCGCAGCCUUCCCUUCAUUGUUUACCUGAUCUCCAUCGACAUUGAAGCAAUGAACAAGUGUGAUUACUAGAAACCAUCCCAUUCACUUCAAUGGUACAGCUUGUUUGUAUACAAGUGUAUAUUUCACCUGUGUCGGCGGCGAGCAGGCGGAAAAAUGAAUGGAAGGUAAUAGUUAUAUAGUAAUACUUAUACUGUACGGUAAAUGGUCCACCCCAUUUAUGGCUUUUAGCAUGGUGGUUUAUGAUAAUUCCUAAAUUUAGUAACUGUAUGUUAAAAUCAAUGAUUUUUUCUCUCAAAAAUGUCAUGGCAUCUUGGAUUAAACGUAUCAAAUACCCCGGUGGGUAUACAUGCUAGUGAAUUUUCCUACCAGUCAGUUGACCUGAGAGUUGGGAAAUAAGUUGAAAACUAAUGAAAUUUCUUCAAGAUUUCUAAACAGGUCCUUCUGAUUUUGAUCACUACUGGGCAAUUCAUACUUACCGUAUUUUUUUGCUUUAUAAGACGCACUUUUCCCCCCCAAAAGUGGGGGGGAAAUUGCAGUGUGUCUUAUAAAGCGAAUGGUGCAUUUUUAUACGGCUGACACUGAUACAUGACUGACUGCUAUGCUGAAUAGCGUGGCCUGCGAUGUAUCAGUAAGCUGGGUGGUUGGAGGAGCCGGAGGCCGGCAACUGCUGUUGCACUCGCAGCGGGACCCGAUGCAGUCACAGUACUCCAUUACACCAUUCCCCGCUCACAGCAGUCUUUACAUUUAAAGUCUGUUUAUUCAAUCCUUAACCAGUGGCUCUGGUUUGUUAAACUAGCGUAAUCUUCUGUAGUAGUACUCACUACUG